AUGCCAUUCCGCCGCAAAUCAUGCGACGCGUGCUUUAGCGGGCGCCGCAAAUGUGAUCUCGCAUUUCCGGUCUGCGGAAGAUGCCAGCGAAACAAGAAAGAAUGCAAAUACGCAUCCACGCCACAAUCCCACGCUGACGAGUCAGAUCACAGUAGCAAUAUUUAUCAUCACCGACCACCGAGCUCGACAACCGAGCUGGAUCUACACUCCUGGUCCUCUGACGACUUUGCUAUUGAUUUCUGUCUUAACGAUAGCAGACUCAUUGGGGAAUUGUUAACACAGAAUAUCCCGAACAUGCUCGGCGAGCUCGGCGAUGUGCAGCCCGUCGCCGGCACCACGCGGAGCUGGAAAUGGGUAAUUAGGCAGUUGAAACAAUACCCUGGAGAAUUCGUGCAGCAUGCAGAAACCCCGUUUAUACAUAAGACUUUUGAUCACGGUUUGGGUGGGGAGCUUGUUAGGACGGCGUUCGGGAUCUGCGCUGGAUGCGUCUGUAUGAACGAGGUUAAUCAAUCGAUGCUCUUUGCGGCUUUGGAUAUAGAGAUGGCGAAUCUGCUCGAUCUAACUGUGAGAAACUCGCUUAGGGCAGAUCUGUCAAGAAUGCAGGCUAUUGUAUUAUACCAAAUCAUCCGUCUGUUCUACGGGGAUACUAAACAGCAAGCGAUUGUCGAGCAGCACCACGACCACAUAGCAGCAUCAGCACUCCGUCUUCUGCACCGCGCUAAUGUUGAGCUUGAUGCUACGCCAGCGACAUGGGAAAUAUGGGUCUUGGCUGAGAGCAUCCGCCGGACGGUCAUGAUUGCUUUUCUAGUCUUCUCCGUCUACUCUAUUUCCAAGCAUGGGGUGUGCCCAGAGCUCCCUACGCUAUCCAUUCUACCGGUUUCCCUGAAGCAGGAAUUCUGGACCUCCGAAACAACAUACUUGCUGCAUUCUACUGAAGAGCAGAUUGUGAAAUACCCGGAUUUUACCUCGCUCUGGUUGGCAUCGCCGCCUAGGAUACUGGAUCCAUUUGAGAAGCUGGUUUUGGUGGCGUGCAAGGGGAUAGAGGCGGUCGAGGCACUUAGUUGUCCUGAUAGUCUGGCUUGA